AUGGUGAAUCCUUUGGCUUCGCAUGGCUUGUUGCUAGUGCUGCUAGUGGCAGUGGCAGGGGCCGUUGCGUCUGCCAUAACAUCUCCCAUUCAUGUGUUGAACGACCCAGCGAUAGUUGAUGCCGAUGAAGAGGGAAUCCACCUUGUGACAGAGAUCCGCAAAUUCGCAGAAUCUGUCACUGUGCUGGAUUCAACCUCGGAGUUGAGUGCAUUGCUGGGGAGUGACACACUGACGAGCGGUCAGUUAGUUAUUCCUGAGCAAGAAGCAGGGUCCUUGUCAAGUGCUUUGGGCAGUCAAUCUACGUUUCAGUUGGGUCAAGAUAUUCAAGGAGGACUUCAUCUUAUUGUGCAUGACGACAUUGGCCUGAUCACGCAAAUUACUGGAUGGUCUUUGUUGGUGGAUUCGUGUGGUAGUUCUGCUUCUCAAAACUUGUCAGGAGGUGGAUUUGGUCAAGGACCUAGCAGCUUGCCAUAUGUGAGUGCUGUCCAGUGUGUUCAAAGAAGCUCUCUACCCGACUCAGUGGAUGGGGUCUAUGCCUCCACGUAUGCUUGGGCUUGGACUACUCCAUAUGGUAGUGGUCGCAUCACGUACAUGGGAGCUGACUAUUUUAACGUGAAACCUGAAUGGCCAGAGCUACUAGAAAGGGAAGGCUUGAUGGGCCCAUCCCUGGAUGCUUUCCAAGCCAAGGUCCAAGCCGAGAUGAAAAGAAGAAAGGCGGAGGAGAACGAAGAAAGCAGCUCACAGUCUGUAGAUGAAGGGAAUGAAGAGAGGCAGUCUGAUAGCAAGGAGAAAGAUUCAGCGAGCACCCCUGAGAAAUCAAAGGGAGGCUGUGCAGGAGAAGCACAUGGAGCAGGGGAGGCUGCCACCCAGACUGAUUCCAAAGAUGUUGCUGCUUUGGCACGUGCUGGGCCAUGCGCAGGAUUUGAAGAGUUGAAGACGAUUGGUGCAGCCAAGUCCAGAAGGACUUCGAAAGUGGCAUCACAUCCAUUGGCAUCGAAGCCGUUCAUUCUCACCAAAGCGGAUGCUGUCUAUGGGGAUGAGCUAGUGACAAAGCGUUUGAAGGAGUUCGCAUCCCUGACUUUGCAGGGGGCCACCGCGUGCACCAUGAAUUUGGCAAGGAAUGGAGCCAAAAAAGGAGGGCUGACAGAAGAUCAACUCAAAGCGCUCGAGGAAGAACGGAAAGAAGAGGCUGCCGCUGCAGUGGCCGAGGCAGAAACUGCUGAAAAUGACGCUGUGAAGGCUGCAUUGAAAGUGCUCAACAAUACGUCACAACAGCCUGGUCUUUUAGGCGAAGUCUCCAUUGAGACUGAUGCGGGGCAAGUAAGAGUUGCGGCACUUUCAAUGGAAUCCCUCGCAGAUGCUGAGGGCCCGGCAGAAAUCAGUGCUGGUUCAGAAACAGGUGUUUCCGCGGAGGUCAGCAUGGAACUUCUAGGAGAAGUUGCAAGCGCAGCAGGAGCAGGAGACGGCAUGAUCUUGCUCAGUAUGUCCGGUCUGACCGAAGAUGCCGCAUCCAGCCUUGCGACAGAUGACGUUCGCGCGGUGGGUGCCAGGCGCCUGGCGUCGGCGCUGCGGUCCCAACCGAUCAGCAUACAUUUUCGGACCGCAGAUGGAACAAAGAUUAACGUGCAGAAUCUGACCACUCCAAUGAAGAUUCGGCUCAAAACUGAUGAUCCUAAUGCGACUUGUGCCUUUUGGGACAAGUCUGCUGCGCAGUGGUCAUCUGAAGGGGUGCAGACGCUCUCCUCCAAGGAGCCUGGAUUCAUUCACUGCAGCACCACCCACCUCUCCAUUUUUGCUGGCAUCAUUGAGGUGGCUGUGCGGAGCGUGUUGCUUAGGCUGGAGUGCAGUACCUUGGGUCUUCUCCUCCAACUAGAGGCUCUUGAGAAGCUCCUGGAUGGGGAAUGGCUUGGACGUCCUGCUACAUGGGUGGCGGCGCUGAUGGUCGUAGUGUUUGGAAUUCUGCUGGUGCUUGCACGGCGCCUUGAUCAAUAUCAUUUGAGAAAGCUUCCGUUGAAUCAGAGGGAGCUCUUGCUCCUGCGCCUGCGCUUGGAUGGUGGUGACGCUGAAGGACUCGCAGGAUGUGCCGCCUUUUGUGCUGUCAUUGACGCUGUCUUUCACUUCUUUGGGUGGUUGAGAGGCACGGCCUAUAUGAUGCUGCAAAGGAUUUAUGAACGCAGAUUCGACUUGCUUUUCAUCGCUGCUGUACACAGCCUGAGAAAUUUGCUCGCAAAAUACGUUGUCCAUCGGUCCAUUGGACUGCUGCAAGUCUACAGGAGUUCGACUGCUCCAGGCACAGCUCGUGUCCUCCAAAGCGCCUUUGGUGCGGUGGCGCCAGAGAAUCCGGAAGUUGAGAAUGGUGGGAGCAGGACCUUUAAGAGCUUCUUCAGUUUGAGUCAGGUUGCG